CUCUACGGCCCCGUCCCGGACCGCGGGUACGCGACGUGGUACGCGGUCGCCAUGGAAUGACCUCUGAAUCCUUCCGGAAGGAGGUUGCUGAGCGCUUAGAUGCUGUGGUGAAGUCGCUGGAGCCGCGCGCUUCUGUGGCCUUCCCAAGCUGUUUGUCGGCGGAGGAACGGAAGUAUGUGCACCACCUGGCGGAGCAGUUUGGCCUCAAACAUGAGUCCAAGGGCCGUGGCGAUGCGCGGUUCAUCUCGGUGAGCAAAGACCCUGGAAAGGUGCGGGAGUCACUGGCGCUAGGAGGUCCCUCGGCUGUCCUGGCCGCGGGCGGCGUUGGAGACUCUCGAACAUCCCCUGGUCGAGCACGCGGCCGAAGGCGAUAACACAGAGGUGGCGGCCGCCUCGGCGCCCUUGGUGGCCGUCUCGCCACGCUCCAUUGACCGGCUGCUCGAGAGCAGUGGCGCUUCGGGGCCUGGUGAGCCUCGUGGACCCGAGCCUGGUGGCCCUCCCCUAGGUCCUCCACCCACAGAGUUACUCCAAAUCCGGCAGGCCUUACCGGCAUGGCAGUGCCGGGAGAAGAUCUUGCAGGCGGUCCAGCAGUCGCAGGUGACAUUGGUCAUUGGCGAGACGGGCUGCGGCAAGUCCACGCAGGUGCCACAAUUCCUUCUGGAGGCGUUGCCAGGUGCAAACAUUGUGGUGACGCAGCCGCGAAGAAUUUCGGAUUUGUGGAGCUUCUUGAGGAGAGGUGGAUCGUCUUGUUGCCUGAGCAGUGGCUGGGCCGAGCCCAUGAGAGUACGCGAAGAAGUCUUUAACCAGCUUGAACAGGUUUGGAAGGAUUUCAUUGGCGUGCUUCUUAGCCGCCGCAGCACACAGUUGCAGGUCAAAAGUUACACGCCUCAGCUUCUCAUCGCGGUUGGUUGACUCAGGUACCCGCGGUGUCAGAAGUAACCGGGCAGGACAUUUUUAUCACCAAGAAUUUUUUGAAUCAUUUGUUUUCGAGAGCAUGUUAAGUUUUCAAUGGAUACUCGUCAAACCCUUUGGGUUCGCAAAGAUGGCUGGUUUGGGGAAAUGGCCCAUGGCUCUAAGUGUAUGAGACCUUUGACGUUGUGGAAUCAAGAAGUGAGGGCUGAACCCAUCAUACUCCCCAAAGAGCCAGCGAAGAGGGUGAGAUACAGCAUCUAGGGAUAGGAUGAUAGGGCACCUCUGGACUCCAGGCAAGCGCAUGGUGGUGAACAGCGACGAUUUCUUCAGACUCGGAGGAUUUUCACAUUCGAUCGAAAGCUGAGGCCUUGUCCUUGGCUCAUCGGGUUGCACAGGAGCGAGGGGAGACAGUGGGAGAUGUGGUAGGCUAUUCCGUUCACUUGGAGCAUCAACGCUCGGCCCGGACGCGGCUGCACUUCUGCACGGCGGGCGUCUUCCGGCGCCGAGUGCUGGAAGACCCGGAGCUGACGAAGGUGACUCACUUGGUCAUGGACGAGCUCCAUGAGAGAGACAAGGUGCUCCCCCAGCCUGUGGCCUUGGCCGUGUGUUGCGUGAUGCGAUGGGGAGAGUCUGUAGGGUCGUGACGGUGC